UAACAGUAAAGACAUUUUAAUGUUAAAGCUGUCUGCUUUAAAUAAUUCAUUUCAAGUUUUUUAAAUAAAUAAUACUUUUAACCAUUAUUUUAUAAUGGUUUCCAUAAAAAAUAUAGCAGCACAGCUGUUUUCGGUAAUGAUAGUAAUGAGAAAUGUUCCUUGAGAUAAAUUAAUGAGAUAAAUUAGCAUAUAAGAAAGAUUUCAUAAGGAUCAUGUGACACUGAAGACUGAAUUAAUGAGUGUUGAAAAUACAGCUUUGCCGUCAGGAAUAAAUUGCAUUUUAAAAUAUAUUCAACUGGGAGGUAAGGGGGUGCUUUAGAGUAUUUUUGAACAACAAGAGACUUUUAAAAUUACAAAAGUCCUACUGACAUUAACCCUUAAAACAUAUUUCGUUUUCAUUCUCCCAACUGUUAGCUUAGAGUUAAAAAAAAGCUUUAUCACAAGCAGGCUCAGACCUGCUGUGAACAUUUCAGACUGUUUACUUGCUGAUUUCUGAGCUUAAGUCUAGAAGAUGACUGUUGACAAAGCCAGGGCUGCUUCUAAAAUUGCCCGUUUUAUUUAGUAUUGGAGAAAAUGUUGUUUUGGUUGAUUAUAUGCUGUGUUCUCUGUCACAGCCAUCUGUGAGUAUUGAUUUGGGAUGAAAGGGAGUCAUCUGACUGACAAAGGCAUGCAUAUGAGAUUCACAUUUUUUUUUAAUCUCUGGUUUUGUCUGCAGUAGUGAGUAAAGUAAUUUAUACAAGCCCAUGCACAUGCAAACUUACAUCAAGACAUAGAGAGAUACAGAGGUUUUGUCUGCAGAAGAGAGUUAAGCCAUUUAUAUAAGCACAUGCACAUCCAAACUCACAUCCAGAUAGAGAGAUACAGAGAGCACAGGAAGUAGGACAGUGGAAAAAAUAUGUAAGGAAAGGAAGGGUGAGUAACAAAGAGCACAAGAGGGCAGUAGAGAGAGAAAGAGUGAGAGGGGGUGAAAGAAAGGGCUUAACGGGAGAGGGAGAUUAUUCUCUGCUCCGCCUUCCCUAGAAAACAACCGGCAGCGGUUAGACUGCUCAGUGCUGACUGAGAGAAGCAGGGACAGGGAAGUGCUCAGUGCCGGAAAAGAGAAAAAUGGAGCUUUGAGAACUACCCGAGAGAUCCCUUCCCCUCCAGAGUUCUCUUCUGUCCUCUCGUUCUCUCCAGUGCCCGGCUGCUGUGCUGAAUUCACAGGAUGGCUGGUCCCAUCUGAUGCCCAGGCUGAAGGAGUCGCGUUCUCACGAGUCUUUGCUCAGUCCCAGCAGUGCAGUAGAAGCUCUGGAUCUCAGCAUGGAGGAGGAGGUCCUUAUUAAACCAGUGCACAGCUCCAUCCUCGGGCAAGAUUAUUGCUUUGAGGUGAGCACCUCCACAGGUAGUAAGUGCUUUUCCUGUCGUUCGGCCGCAGAGAGAGACAAAUGGAUGGAGAACCUGCGACGGGCCAUUCAUCCUAAUAAGGACAACAGUCGGCGGGUGGAGAAUACGCUCCAGCUGUGGAUCAUCGAAGCUAAGGACCUUCCGGCCAAGAAAAAGUACUUCUGUGAGCUCUGCUUAGAUGACGGCCUCUAUGCCCGCACCACCUGCAAGCUGAAGACAGAUAAUGUCUUCUGGGGUGAACACUUUGAGUUCAAUAACCUCCCUAUGGUCCAGAACAUCACCGUCCAUCUCUAUAGGGACUCGGACAAGAAGAAGAAAAAGGACAAGAACAAUUAUGUGGGGCUGGUGAGCAUUCCUGCAGUGAAUGUCACGAGCAGGCAGCUGGUCGAGAAAUGGUACCCAGUUAGCCAACCCAAUCCAGGGAAAGGGAAAACAGCUGGACCCAUGGUCCGCAUCAAGGCCCGGUACCAGAGCAUGAACAUCCUGCCCAUGGAGCUCUACAAAGAGUUUGCCGAGUACAUCACCAACAACUACAUGCUGCUCUGCUCCAUGCUGGAGCCGGUCAUCAGUGUCAAGAACAAAGAGGAGAUGGCCUGCGCUCUGGUGCACAUCUUACAGAGCACCGGCAAAGCAAAGGACUUCCUGACAGAUCUGAUGAUGUCGGAGGUGGAUCGAUGCGGGGAGAAUGAGCACCUGAUCUUCAGAGAGAACACGCUGGGCACUAAAGCUAUCGAGGAGUACCUCAAACUGGUCGGACAGAAGUAUCUCCAAGAUGCACUGGGUGAGUUUAUAAAGGCUCUGUAUGAGUCUGAUGAGAACUGUGAGGUGGAUCCAUCCAAAUGUUCAUCUAGCGAUCUAGCUGAACAUCAGAGCAACCUCAGGAUGUGCUGUGAGCUGGCUUUCUGCAAGAUCAUUGAGUCUUACCGUGUGUUUCCACGGGAACUUAAGGAGGUGUUUGCGUCAUGGCGACAGGAAUGUGGUAAUCGGGGGCGACCAGAUAUCAGCGAGCGUCUUAUCAGCGCCUCGUUGUUUUUGCGUUUUCUGUGUCCGGCCAUCAUGUCGCCUUCUCUCUUCAACUUGACGCAGGAGUACCCAGACGACCGCACUGCACGCACGCUCACUCUUAUCGCCAAGGUUACACAGAACCUCGCAAACUUCACCAAGUUUGGUAAUAAGGAGGAGUACAUGUCCUUCAUGAAUCAGUUCUUGGAGCAGGAGUGGACCAACAUGCAGCGCUUCCUACUGGAGAUCUCUAACCCAGAGACCAUCUCAAAUACUGCAGGCUUCGAGGGCUAUAUUGACCUGGGCCGUGAGCUCUCCACCUUGCACUCCCUUCUAGCUGAGGUGGUGUCCCAAAUGGACCAGAGUGCUACCUCCAAGCUUGGCCCAUUACCUAGAAUACUGAGGGACGUACAUGGAGCUUUAACAAACCCAUCAAACGUACAGAUGAGCAUGCCUCCUGAUCGUGUGCCGUCCCCUCCAGCCCCUGGAUGCAGCAUCUCCAGUGGAUUACAAAAGAUGGCCAUCGACAGUGACCUACCAGGCCCAAUGGACUUCACUCGCCUUCCUUCCCCCACCCCUGAAAACAAAGACCUCUUCUUCGUUACACGCUCUUCUGGCCUCCAGGGCUCCCCUGCCCGCAGCUCUAGCUACUCCGAGGCCAAUGAACCAGAGCUGGGUCUGGCCAAUGGAGGCAAGAGCCUGUCCAUGGUAGACCUGCAGGAAGCGGCCAGGGCAUUAGAACCUAUCGCCAUCCCGGUAGGGAUCCCUUCAGAAGGUUUAGGUGAGGGUGCCAUGGUUCCCUGGAAUGCACGGACUCCCCAAGGCAAUGCUGCCGGAGGCCCUACUCUUCACCGGCCAGGACAGACUCCCACUACCCCAGGAGCAGAAGGUGCCCCAGGCAGGCCUACACAGCUUUUGGCCCCACUAUCAUUUCAGAAUCCAGUGUACCAGAUGGCAGCAGGGUUGCCCGUGUCAGCUAGAGGGAAUGCGAGUGGGGAUUCUGGGUCGGAGUGUCACAGCUCCGUCAGUUCCCAUAGCAACAACGAGGAGGGUCUUGGAGGAGGCAAACACACGUUCCUUACCCAGGGUGCUUCAGGGGGGGAGGAGUUUGGAAGGCGUUUGGGAGAUUUCUCGAGACGCCAGCUAUCGCUAACUGAUGCGCAGCAUGGAAACCAGCCUACGGUUCCAAGACAGAGCAGCGGUGGUCCUCAGCGGCGGAUUGACCAGCCACCACCACCCACACAGACUGCACCCAGAGGACGAACUCCACCCAGCCUAUUGAACUCCACCCCCUACCCACGGCCUCCUAAUAACACUGUGAUGUCAUCAUCACCCGACUGGCCUGGAAAUGGUGCACGGCUUAGACAGCAGAGCUCCUCCUCUAAGGGGGACAGUCCAGAAACGAAGCAUCGCGCACCACAUAAACAGGCCCCAUCCCCUGUGAACCCCAGCGCACUGGACCGUACCGCUGCCUGGUUGAUGAAUGUGCCAUAUAUAGAGCAAGAGUCUGAGACGGAGCUUUGCAGAGAUGAGCACACACAAGCUGAAAAGUAUCAGGCGGAGAUCAGUAUGCUGCAGGAGCGACUGCGUGUGUCGGUCCACAGGCUGGAGGAAUACGAGGCCCGGAUCAAGGGACAGGAGGAACAGGCACAGAAGAUGCUGCUAGAGUAUCAGGCCCGACUGGACGAGUCCGAGGAGAGAUUGAGACGGCAACAGGAAGACAAAGAUCUGCAGAUGAAGGGCAUCAUAAGCAGGUUGAUGUCUGUGGAGGAAGAGCUGAAGAAGGAUCAUGCUGAUAUGCAGGCAGCGAUUGACUCCAAACAGAAGAUCAUUGAUGCGCAGGAGAAACGGAUAGCAUCUCUGGACGCGGCUAACGCGAGGCUAAUGAGCGCCCUGUCACAGCUGAAGGAGCGCUACAGCAUGCAGACGCGGAACGGCAUCUCUCCCACCAACCCCACCAAGCUGCAGAUCACCGAGAACGGGGAGUUUCGCAACAGCUCCAACUGCUGAACGAAGAGCCCCGGAUCCACAGAGAGACGGAAUCACGACAGAGGGCACGAGCAAGUGUGCAGAGAUUCUAUAAGUGGACACUGAGAGAAAUACGGCAGGUGAGGAGACCGAACAUUGACCUUUGAGGGUCCGCAAAGCGAAUGUUUGGAAACGCGGCGCAAGAUCCACUUUAAACAUCCACUGGUGAGACUACUGUUCAAGUGCUUCAUGUUAGGACACACCACUAGACAUUCAUUCGUGUUUCACAACAACUAACUGUAAAAAAAAAAAAAAAAAGAAAAGAAAAAAACAGUACAGCUAACAUGGUAACAUUAUACAGAUACUAGGACCUUCUAGCCUGCUAAAAAGUCAUUUGACUUGCUUAAAAAUCUGUGUUCUCCAUACAGCCUUUGAAAAAAAAGAAAAAUAACUAGAUUUUGUCACAUUAAUUUAUAAUGGUCUCUACUUGAUAUGGAAUGACUGAACCUACAGAACGAGCAACUCUUUGUGGAGAAAUAAGAGCUCUCCUCCAUAUCUCUCUUCCUGUUUCUGUUUCUCCCUACAUAGUGCACUUUGUCUCUCCAUCAUGAGAAGCCUUAAAAUGUUGCAUCUAAAAUACCCCACAGUCCUUAUUUUGAUUUGAUUUUUACAGUUCAGAUGAAUAUCUAUGAUAGAUUAUAAUGUGCAUAGAUUUUUUUAAUUUUUUAUUUUCAGAGAUGCCAAGAUUUUGAAUUAGCACAGACUGCUCGGGCAGAGCAGAGAGAAUGUUUUAGACACUAAACCAGACUGAAAUGAUUUUUUAUUUUGCCGUUUUGAAAACUGCCUUGUGUAGCUCAUUUUUUCUUCCUACAUUGUUUAAGAGAGUUGCUUUUUUGUGCAUGUUUUCUUCAUGGGUUUUUCUUCUCCAUUCUAAUUUUUAAGUCAUUUUUGUACAGGUGUUGUGUUUAUUUUUGUAUGUGUUGCCUCAUCGGUCCAGAUUGCUGCAUACUUUACAUUUCAGCGUUUAGAGUUUGUAUAUUUUUGUAUUUAAUAAUGUAUGUGCGUGGAGCUGCUGUUUUCCUUUAAUUCAUUGGUCUUUGAGGAAGUGAGACGCUUGCACAUCUUUAUUUUGAUGCAAACAGAUACAUUAUAAGACAUGGGACGUGUAAGAUAAGAGAUGUUAUUUUUAAAGGGAAUCCUCUCUGUAUAUGGACUCUGUGAUGGAUUAUUAUGAGAAUAAGUUAAUAUUAUAGAUAAAGCAAGGUUCACAGGAACUGCAAAGUGAAUGACGGCUGAUAUGUUGGAUCAGACUGAGACGCAGCAAUCUAAUAAGCACACAUCACAUCUCUUGCCCCAGCUUCUCAAACGCUUUUAAAACUAUGCACUUUUCCCCUUUGUCAUGUCCACUUGGGUUUACUUCACUCUACAAACAUGUAGCAAACUCAAGGUGCUCAUUAUUAUUAUUGUUAAGCCAGGGAUGCUUUAUUUUGUAGCAUUAUCAUUUGCGCCACUGUAGCCAUACGUACACUAUAAACAAAGGUGCACAUGCAGAUUAAAAAUCAUGAGAUUAGCAGUAUACGGCAACCAAUCACAUGCUCUACUAAAGUAGUUUUGCAUGUACUGAAUGCUUUAGCACUGUCUGCAUAAGGCAGAUUAAUAUCUAGACUUAUUUCAAAUUUGAUUUGAUUAACUUUUAAACUCGGCUUGGGGCUCAUAAGGUUGCAAAUAUUUAUUUUUCACAAGAUUUCUCUUACAGACGUGGAUGUCAGCUUCUCUGUUUGUUCAUGUUCUGUUUUUAAUGAGGUUUUGCAGAGUCAUUACGUCUAUUUUCAUCCACAUGAGAAGCUACUAGUGAGUAAAAAGAAAAAAAAACCUGAAAAGAUAUAGUAGUUUAGAACCGUGUUGAAUGAAAAAGACUUUUGCUGUCGUCUCGGUUAUUUUCAUCAGAUGUGUUUUUAUCUGGCUUCAUUUCAGUUCUCAAAGUUUAGGAAACUUUUGCAGACUAUUAGGCAUUUAUUUUCUCAAAGCAGUCGAUGUGAAAUAGUAGCUAUGGGAAAUAAAUAAUAUAAAGAUAUACAAAUAUAUAAAUGAAUGCCUAAAAUAUGUUGUAAGUUUUAUAACCCUUGUAGAAAAUAAUUUUGUAAGUAUGUUUAAAGUAAAGUAUUGGCUGGACUCUUGCCUUGUUUUAGGACAAUGACAAGAACAAUAAUGUACAGAGAAAACUUGUCCAUGUUAAGAACCGUACAAUUGUGGCUGUGCAAUUUAUGUACAUUUGCAACUAGAAUAAUUAAAGUUUUAUUUAGUUAUUUUAAA